GGAAGAUCACAACCAUACGUGUUAAAAUCUUCAUCAAGACCCUGGGUGUUAUGUGAAAUCUGAUAGGUCUGAAAUUGGUUUGAUUCUUUGUGCAUCAUAGGAUGUAGGUUCACACUACAUGACUGCGGGAAUUUUGAGGAACGUACGUGCGAGAGUAGCCCGGUCAAUGACUGAACCCUCCGGUAGCUGGUGCUUCAAUUUCUUCGUCAGAGAGAUCAAAGGAGUUGAUAUCCCUCCCAUUGCAGCAAAUAAGUCACGCAACUAUGCCAAGACAGCCCGUUCUGCCACAGCAUGGGGCUGGAAUGUAGCCAAGUCUUCGCACAGGUGCACUUUGUAUUCAAUCCACAACGUGUGUGGGUCCGGGACUGCAGAAAAGCAAAGAUGGGUAGUUGGAAUACAACUGCCUCAUCAAGGGAAGCGCGCACAAUGAAAUCGCCCGAUAACAGGCCCAACCACUCAACUGAUGCCCUGAACGUGAGAAAUGCUUCUCCAUUGACACAUUUCAAGGUUGCAAAGGACUUUGGCGCACACACAUUACUAAGUAAGAGACGGAGAAAAUAGUGUUAUCCCUCGACAGGAUUGACAGUAACAAGGCGACCAAGGACCUCUCUCCUCUGACAUUGAGUCCAUUUUUUUAAAGGGCAGUCCAAACAAAAUAGUGUGGGAAUUCCACAUAAAGAAGGUUCAAUGUACGCGCGACUUGGUCCGUUGAAUUCAUAGCAAAGAAUUGAGUGAGCAUUGUUUGCACAGAGUAAGACGCCUGAGUUAUGCAGGUAAUUCUCUGAUUUCCGUAAAACAUUAGAUACUGGGACUUUUCUAGGUGGAUUUGCAACUCGAGGACAACAGAUUUUAUCUCGGCAAUUGAAACCCCAAAAAUGCGCCAAGCAGCAGAAGAUAUGUUUAUUAAAAGUAGUUUUUUUAUUUUUGUACAAGGAUAUACAUGCUUUAAGUUUUAUGCUCC